CCUGACAUCACGAUACUGCUUGCUUGAGCGGACGACGGUAGAAGACUCAUCGCAAUCAGCCUCGCGUUGCACAGCAAUGUGCUAUAUUCGCUGUGAGUGCGGCGUAAUAUGGUUAAAUGACACUUAAUCCUGGCGUUCGGUGGGAUUGUCACAAUGACGACUUGGAGUAAUGAAGACCUUCCGCCUGCUUUUGAGGAUGUCGUAGAUGUCUCAGCAGUUAUCACUCUACCUCCACUAGACGGCAGCGACGACAAUGACGAUCUGGCAUUUAGGACAGAGAGCAUCACACAAAACGAUCCAACUAUCAGCACAACGAGAACUCUGCUUGACGAAGAGGUGGAUGAUGCUGAAGAACCUCCCGGAUAUGGUCAGGAAACUGGCCUUCCUCAACUGCCCGGCUACGCAGAGCGACAUCUGCUCGAACCUGUGGUGGCAUACAACGUGUACCAAAUCAAUCGCAGGCUGCAGGUGCUUACGCCGGCUACUCGCGCGACUUUCUCUCGUCCACGAUACAGAGUCACAGCGCGGCUCGGACCCGCGAUGUUUUCGAAGAAGGCCGACUUUACGUUGACGAGGCUGCCGACUGGCAUUGCCGCCGCAACGGAAAACUCUCCAGGCAAAGACGUGGGAUUCGCUCGCUUUGACAGAGCAGGUCAACUGCCAUGGAUGCCUCGAGCUACCGUCGAGCUUGUGUGUGGGGACGUCAGCGGCUCGAACAAGCUGACUUACGACCUGUACGCACCGAACUUUGCGGACUGGAGGUUUCGCAUCAAUAACGAAUUGUACUAUUGGCAUCUUACGGAUAGGCCUAUCGCGCUAUCCUUGAUGGAAAACAGUUCUAACAGCGUAGUGGCGCGCUUCACGUACUCCAAACUUGGCACCGAUGCAAAUCGUGGCGCUGAAGUCGGAACGUUUAGUAUCUUUGGCGGGCAUAGAAGUGGCGAUACGGAAACGGUUGAGCUCGUGCUUAGUUCGUGGAUCAUUGCCGUCAACCAUUGGAAAAAUAUGGGCAGGCAUUAUAGGAACUCGGACGCUGCGCCGACAACGACGGUGCGAAACUUUAGUACUGUGGGACCGGUUGGGAUGGGCAGCAGCUUCUUUGCAAGAGACGGCAGAUCAUCUGGACCAAGAAGAGCAAGUAACAUCGUCUGAGAUGCGCGAUUAUCAUGGGCUGCUUGGCGUUGUAGGUGAAGUUGGUCAAGACGGUGUUGUCGAGGUGCAGAACUGCGACGAUUUUGUCUCGCUUUGAGAUGGCUCAGCUCUCGCGUUCUUGUGAACGAGGCAGAUGGCCUAGCGAACGCUUGCGAAGAAUUCAAUCAUAUUG